GGCCAAGYUUUAAUUUGAAGAUGGCUGCCUCCCAAGAUGACAUGCUUUCUUUCUGCGUGGACACAACUAAAGUUUGCAGUUCUGUGGAAAUCCGAUUCAUUGACAAGGAUAAGGGCAAAGGAUUAUUUGCCAAGAASGCCAUCAAGAAGGGAGACACCAUUUUUGUAGAGCGCCCUCUUGUCUCUUCCCAGUUCUUGUGGAAUUCCCAGUACAAAUAUAAAGCCUGUGAAUACUGCUUGAGUGCUCUGGAGACAGCUGAGGAUAAUGCCCGAAGACUGAGUGGCAACCCUGGCCUCAGUCUACCCCACACUGAGCUGUGCAAGGUGCGCCCAGAGCUGCACCAAGCUUGCCCACAAUGCCAGGUGAUGUACUGUAGCAACGAGUGUCGGCAGGCUGCGGCAGACCAGUACCAUCGGGCCCUGUGCUUAGGCCACUCCCAAGAGGACCCGGACCAUCCCGUCAACAAACUUAAGGAUGCCUGGAGGAGUAUGCACUACCCUCCUGAGACCUCCAGCAUCAUGCUCAUGGCCAGGAUGGUGGCCACUGUCAAACAGGCCCAAGACAAAUGCUGCUGGCAGAAGUUGUUCUUUCAGUUCUGCAGCCGUGCGGCCAACGAGGAGGAGGAAAUUGCACACAAGCUGCUGGGAGAGAAGUUCCAGGGACAUUUGACCUUACUACGAACCCUGUUUACGACAGCACUUUACGAUGAUCAUCUCAAUAUGUGGUUUACACCUGAGGGAUUUCGCUCCCUCUUCGCCCUUGUAGGCACCAAUGGACAGGGCAUAGGUACCAGCUCUCUCAGCCAAUGGGUUCAUGCAUGUGAUGCGUUGGAGCUGACUAGCCAGCAGAGGGAGCAAUUGGAUUGCUUCAUUGAUCAACUAUACAAGGACAUCGAGAAAGAGACCGGUGACUUCCUGAACUGCGAGGGUUCUGGGCUCUUCCUACUUCAGAGCUCAUGUAACCACAGCUGCAUACCGAAAGCGGAGGCAUCUUUCCCGAACAACAACUUCUUGCUUCACCUCAGUGCCCUUAGUGACAUCAGCCCUGGAGAGGAGAUCUGCAUCAGUUACUUGGACUGCUGUCAGCGUGACCGGAGCUGUCAUAGCAGACAGAAAAUCCUGAGAGAGAACUACCUGUUCGUCUGCUCGUGUCCAAAAUGUGUCUCUCAGAUGGAUGAGCUGGAUCUGACGUCGGAGGAGGAYGAGGAGGAGGAGGGGGAUGACAUGGAGGAGGAGAUAACGGAUGUCUGAGGGGGAACAAAGACCAGCUCCCUCCUCCUACUCACCCCCUCCCAAUCCCACUCUCAGCCACGCUAGCUAACUGCAUCUCUGCCCAGUGAAGACCAAUUUCAAAGACGACAUAUCAAACUCCAAGCAUAUCAACUUCAGUUGUGUACCAAAAUAUAAUUUUUCAAGGAAAAAGUCACUCAAUGGCCUGAAGCUUUGGAUCUCCCGGUUGAAAAGCAUUUGGUCACAUGACUCUGCAGUAUCAGCCCUCGUCUCUCACCUCUAGUGUAGCUUCUGCUUAUUGGAAACGUUUACAUUAAAGACACCCAUAUUUAAUUUAUCACAGUUUAGUACCUCUAGAAUGGUAGAAACAAUUAAAUAGGCAAGAUGUAAUUUAUUCCUUAGGUGUUGCUUGCGCCUUUGCCCUCAGAACAMCCUCAAUUCGUUGUGGUAUGGACUCUGCAAGGUAUCAAAGCGUUACACGGAUGCUGUCCCAUGUUGACUCUAAUGCUUCACACAAUUGUCAAGUUGGCUGGAUGUCCUUUGGGMGGUGAACCAUUC